UUCUCCACCUCGUCCACUUUUGUGUGCCAGAGACACUCCAGACGGAUUUUUACACACAGAUCAGGGGUGGACAUUCAAUUCCUCCGCUCUGAUUGCCACAGAAUAGCUCUUUUCUUUCAGCCCAAGCUGUGUUUUUCUCUAGACAAACAGAAGAGCUGUGUGGCCGCAGGAAUUCCAGGUCACAAGGAUUCCUCAAGCAAGCAUGACUUCACCUGUGACAGAUUCAUUUCCUCUCCAGGAAUGAGACCUGUGGCAUUGACUUCAAGAGGAACCGAAGACAGUAACAAGGACUUUUGUCGUUUUAGACUAUUUGGGAAGCACAGAGGACUUUUUGGACAUGAUGGGGUUGUUGCCAGUGGACCAGAGUGCCUUUCUGGUGGUGGCUGCUCUUUAUGGAAUGUGCCAGGUUGCUGAAGGGGGAUGUUCUGGAAGGUGCUGUCAAGGCACAGAUUUCACCUGUGUCACUACUGACUGGAGGAUGGACCGUGUCUAUGGGACGUGUUAUUGUGAUGAGAGGUGUUUAAAGACUGAAGACUGCUGCUUUGACUACCCAACGGAGUGUCCAGCUCAGCCAUGUGUAGUGAGUGAGUGGAGUCACUGGAGCGGGUGCGCUCAGUCCUGCCAGCCCUCAAUCCGGGUCCGGAGACGCAGCGUUGAGAGACUGCCCCAAAACAGCGGACAGGCCUGUCCAAGGCUGGAGGAACAGGCUGGAUGCAUGGAGUAUCAGGACCGCCAGGGACAGUUUUGCACUUCGGUGCAAGGAGCAGCAUUUAUAACAACAAUGGAGUACAGCAAAGGCAGAACACAUGACUUGUAUGGGGCCCCAGUGGAUGCUGGUUUCUGCAUGGAGUUCAAGAUGGAGUCUCUGACAGCACAGUGCAUGGUGGAGAACAGACCCUACACACGUUGGAUGCAGUACUUGAGGGAGGGCUACACUGUCUGUGUGGCCUGCCAACCUCCGGCGAUGAACAACCACAGUCGGUGUUGCCAAGGAGAUGGAAACCUAGCUGAGAGGGAUAAGCUUCUACACUGGCAGGCGGUGGGAAGCCCUCGCUGCAGAGGAACAUGGAGGAAAGUACAGAGACUCCAGCACUGCUCCUGUCCACAAGUGCACAGCUUUAUUUUCAUUUAAACACACCUAGAUGCUUCAACUUCCUUGAUGAAAUCCACAAUGAACAAUAUAUCAUAUUACAUAUGUUACAAAAAAACCAUCACACUUUCACAUACAUUUAUUUACAGCUCUUUAGUUUUUACAGUUGUAUUGUU